AUGAGCCAAGAAGACAUCCCUGGCCCCGAUGUGGACUUGGGGCUGAAAGAUGCCGCCAACGGCUCCUCGAAGAAGUCUGCACUGGCUUCCCAGGCCGCCCACCACCCCUCCGGUAAGGCCGGACACGGCCCAAUCGUCAAGUUUCUACGCGGUUUUGUCUUUGCCGUGUACUUUUGGUCAUGCUGCCUCGUCAUUGGCGUCACGCAGCUUAUUGGUGCGCCUCUUUAUUUUGUCAACAAGGACAUGUACUACGCCUACAUGGCCAUGACCAAACGGUCGUUUGCCCUCGUCAUCACUGUUAUGACCAGGAUCUGGGGGCGAACCAUGAUUCGCGUCAGCGGCGACGAGUCAGUGGCUGGUCAAAUCAAGAAGAUGCCAGACGGCACUGUUCAGUUUGACUUUCCCGAGCGCUUGGUCCUGAUUGCAAACCAUCAGAUUUAUACAGACUGGUUAUAUCUCUGGUGGGUUGGUUAUGCCAACCGCAUUGGCAUGCACGGUCACAUUUACAUCAUUCUUAAAGACUCUCUUCGUUGGAUUCCGAUUAUGGGCACCGGAAUGAUGUUCUUUGGUUUCAUUUUCAUGUCGCGCAAGAUGGCAACGGAUCGCCCACGCCUCGCGCACCGUCUUCAAAAACUCCGGCAGCUGAAAUCUGACCCCAACGGAAACAAAUAUUACGAUCCCAUGUGGCUCCUUUUGUUUCCCGAGGGCACCAAUCUGUCAGCCAACGGCAGACGCAAAUCGUCCACCUGGGCGGCCAAGAACGAUCUUCAAGAUCCAGAGCACGUCAUGCUGCCCCGGAGCACGGGCACAUUCUUUUGUCUCAAUGAGCUCAAGGGCUCGGUAGAAUAUGUCUAUGACUGCACCGUUGCCUAUGAAGGUAUCAAACGCGGCGAAUAUGGUGAAGAGCUCUUCACUCUUAGCGGCACCUAUUUUGCUGGUCGCCCUCCCAAGUCUGUCAACUUCCACUGGAGAAGAUUUCGUCUCGCUGAUAUCCCGCUCGAUGACCCUAAGGAGUUUGAGGAGUGGUUGCGCAACGAAUGGUAUAAAAAGGACAAGCUCAUGGAGAUCUUCAUGAAAGAAGGCCGUUUCCCUCCAAUGACUGGCUCGGCGACACCAUACGUCGAGACUGAGGUCAGAACCAGGUCCCCGUUCGAGAUUCUCCAAAUUUUUUCCGUUGUUGGUAUCGCCGCCCUCAUGUGGAACAACGUCCAAAAGCUAUACACGGCCGUCAACAAGAUGUUUUCUUAG